UGCUGAGGGGUAUGGAGCUGCAGGGCGCAGCAGAGGAAGAGGGGGUUGGAAAGGCCGAGGCCGUGGGAGGAGCUUUGGCAGAGGUAGAGGCCGAGGUGACUAUAAUGAGGGGCAUGGGAGCUCCAGUGGCAGGGGGAGUACCAGAAUGGAGGGCACCUGCUGGUACUGCAAGAAGCUGCCCAUCAUCCCAUGGAAUGGGAAGACUCCAACAGCAGCAACGGCAGCAGCGGCAAAGGCAACAGCAGGAAGAGAUGCAACUGCACCAACUGAUGGGGUCCUGGAAGCAGUCAAGAAAGUGCAGCAGCAGCAGACACAUGGCGAGCACUACAGGACCAGCCAAGACCCCACUUGCACUUGUGCACAUGGAUGUGGUGGGGCCCACAAGAGCGCCUUCCCUCUCAGGCAGCCGCUAUUUCUUGACAAUUUGGAAGGCGAGUGAGGAUGAGGAGUUCGGGUCCCUGAUUGAAAACGAGACAUGGGACCUGUGUGACUUGCCUCCUGGAAAGAAGGCAAUCACUUCCAAGAUGAUCUACAGGCACAAGUUGGCAAGGGUGGCCAACUUGGAUGGAUUGGUUGGGAAGGGACAAAUGUCAAAGUUGGGGUUCCUAUAGGGAGGGAAUCUUUGUGCUUA